CGUCCACAUCGUGGAGCUCCCUCGUCUGGAAAGAAAGAAAUCUCUUGGCCAGCGCCACCGCACAUCACACGGCCGCCGCCGCCCUUCUCGCCGGAUGCGCGACGUGAUCCCAUUCCUCCUCAUCCUCCUACUCCCAUGGCGCCGCCCAUCGCUCGCCUCCGCCCCCUCUCCCUCCUCCUCCUCCACCCGCGCGCCGCCGCCGCCCACCUCCUCCCCGCCUUCUCCUCCUCCUCCUCCGCAGCCACCAACUCCAUCCCGCCACCCCACACCCCACAACCUCCUCAACUCCCCACGGACUCCCAGCGGCCUCCCCUGAGCCAGACCCGAACAGCGCAGCAGAGCCGGCGCCGGAAGCAGAAGAAGCAGCUGGAGCGCCGCUGGCGGCACAGCGCCGUAGUCACCGCCCUCACGCCCGCGCAGGCCGCCUCUCUCGCGACCACGCACGCGGACGCCACCAGCGCGCUCGACCUCCUCGUCUUCCUCGCGCGGGAGCGCUCCCACGAGCACUCCCCGGACACCUUCGCCGCGCUCGCGCUGCGGCUCGUGGAGGCCCGCAGGUGCCCCGCCGACGUCGGCCGCGCGCGCGUCCACAUGAUCAGGGCCUGCCGCACCCCGCUGGAGAUGACGCGGGCCAUGGACGACCUGGACACGCUCGCCCGGAGAGGGCCCCGGAUGGAUCUCGUGGCCUACGGCGCCCUGCUCGUCCAGCUCAACACCCUCGGCAUGACGGCCACCCUCCUGGACAGGUACCGCCGCCUUCUUAGGGAAGGCCUCAAGCCCAAUUUGCUCAUCUACAACACCGUCAUCAACGCGCUGUGCAAGGAUGGUAAUGUCACGGAUGCGCUGUCACUCGUGUCCGAGUCCGGGAUGAAGCCUGACGCGUUCACCUACAUGUCGAUGAUCAUCGGGUAUUGCAAGAACAGUGACCUGGGUUCGGCAAUUGAGGUUUUCGCUCGGAUGGGUGAAGAGGGGUGCGAGCCGAACGCUGCAACAUACUCGAACCUCAUCAACGGGCUCUGCGACAGCGGGAGGGUGAACGAGGCGUUGGAUUUGAUGGGGGAGAUGGCGCGGCGUGACGUUCUGCCCACAGCGAACGAUUUCACUGCCCCUAUCGCUGCAUUGCUUGACAAGGGGCGCACCGAAGAUGCCGGGAGGCUGUUUGUCGAUAUGAAAAGGAAGGGAUGCAGGCCAACUGUGUACACAUACACGUCGCUCAUAAGCGGGCAGCGUGCGCCAAGGCUGGCCAUUGGGCUGUUCCACAGGAUGGCAAGAGAUGGCGUGCUCCCUGAUACGGUGACAUAUAGCGCCCUCGUAAAUGUUCUGGUGGAGGAUAGCAAAAUGGAUUCUGCGCUUAUCGUGUGCAAUGCGAUGCAGAGACAUGGUUGUUUGCCCAACACCAUCACGUACAAUAAAAUGAUCAAGGGGUACUGCAAAAUUGGUGAUACCGACAGGGCAAUGGCAAUGCUGAUCAGUCUGUUGAAGGGCACACCUACAGCUACACUCGUGACAUACAACACCAUCAUCAAAGGAUACUGUGACUCGGGGAAUACCAGUGCUGCUCUUAAGAUUCUAGAGCUUAUGGAGGCUAAUGGGUGUGAACCUGAUGAGUGGUCUUAUAAUGAACUGAUCGCUGGUUUCUGCAAUGUAGGCGAAAUGGAAUCGGCUUCUAGGUUGUUCAGUGAAAUGGUGGGUCGUGGGCUACGCCCAGAUGAAGUUACCUACAAUACACUCGUAAGUGGAUACUGCACGGACGAGAAACUGGACCGUGCAGCAGAAAUGUUGGAGCACAUGAAGGAAAGUGGUUGCAGACCAACCGUUCGAACUUAUAAUGCUCUAAUCCAUGCUCUAACCAAGCAGAACAAUUUUUCUGCUGCGGAGAGACUGUGUGAAGUGAUGCUUGAAGAAAAGAUAUCUCCGAAUGUAGUCACUUACAAUACUAUGAUUGAUGGGUUGUGCAGAAAUGGUGCCACAUCUUUGGCCCUUGAAAUGCUCAACAGGAUGGUUGAGAACAGUUGCCUACCUGAUUUGCGUACUUACAGUUCUCUUAUCCAAGCUCUGGGCCAAGAAGGCAAGGUAGAGGAAGCUGAGAAACUGUUUUCAGAUUUACUCAGGCAAGGGCAUACUCUCGAUGAAGUUGCUUAUAUCAAGAUGAUUGAAGUGUAUAUAAUUUCAGGCCAAGUUGAUCGUGCCUUUGAUCUCUUAGGCAAAAUGAUAAAUGCUGGAUGCCAACCAACCUUGUGGACAUAUGAUGUUUUGAUUAAAGGCUUGAAAAAUGAGUACCUGAUGGGUGACCAGAAACUUGUGUCCUUGCAUGAUUCGGUCUCAAACUGUAGUUUUGAUGACCAAGCCAUUAAAGAAUAUGCCAUUUCAGUUUUAUCUUCUAAGUUAGCAGACGUAGAUCUUGGGCUAUCUCGGCAGUUGAAUGAUGCAUUUUUGUCUGGAUUAAGCAGAAGUGGGAGAUGGUAUGAGGCGUAUAAGCUGUACAGAAGCACAGUUGGUCAGGGUUUAUGCCCAAACCAGGAGGCAUAUAAUUAUUUCAUUAUUUCAAUAUUAAGAGCCCGGAAAGUUGACCUGGCUAUGGGCGUAUUCAGACAUAUGUCUGCUCAACAUCGUGAACUACAUCUUGUUGGUUAUAAAGCACUAAUAUGCGCUUUAUGCCAAUUUAACAGAAGGAAAGAAGCCCAAUUUAUUUUUGAACACAUGCUGUCGAGGCCUUUCGAUCCUGAUAAUAUUGUAUGGACUGUCCUCAUCGAUGGACUGCUUGGGGCCGGAUACAAAGACUUGUGCAUGGAAUAUCUGCACAUCAUGGAAAAUAAUCAUCGUGAGCCUAGUUUCCGUUCAUACAACAUUUUAGCAAGAGAAGCAUUGAAAAAGCAGCCAUCACUAGGAUCAGUUGGACCUGAUGCACAUCAGUAAUUUGGGGAUUUUUCUUGUGAUACCUGAUAUAUGCCAGAGCUAUCCAUCCUGGAGUUAGUUAGAUGGCUAGACGGACCUCUUCAUUGUUUGUGAUCUUCCUCAUGGUUAUCUAUUUCCAAGCCUUUGGUAUUGUGCUUCCAGAUGAGCUUCAUUACAAUGGUUAUGCUUUGUGUCCUGCCUGUUCAUUUGCAACCAAUAUCUGGUGAGUCUAUUGAACAUCAUUUCUUUUCUCUUGGUGGAAUAUUGGUCUGUGAUGGCUUGGCGCAGUGCAAACGUGUGUCAUACAGUGACAAUAUCAUCUGGGACACGUUUAGCCACACAACCAGCAAUAAUGGCCAUGGUGCUGAAUUUGAAGAUGUUGUGAUCCUGUUAUCACAUCUCUUGAUAAUAGAACUGGUAAUGUCUGUCCUAAGGGAGGCUUUGUACGGCCAUAAUCUUCCAGACAUGACCAAUUGCCUGCUGCUGUUUUGGUCCUCAUUGCGUCUCUGCAGGAAGCACAGCGUCUCUAUCCAUUCUGUUCCUGCUGAUGGUCAUGCUUAUGAAGGCAUGCAGUUUGGCAGAUAUUGUCGCAAAUUCCUUGAUGCGCUCGUCCAAGAUGAGAGGGGCGCCUUGAUUGCUGCAUCGAAUUGGAGACAUGAUCAGGUGGUCAAUGUUCGAUGUACUGAAGCUGCCGCACCCCACGAUGGGCUGAAUUUAGUCGAAUAUAUUGGCACAGCUAUGUUAAGGCUGAUUCUGGCUGCUAUGAGAUGAUUGAGAUGAUGCAGAAUUGGGGAUGAAGCCUUAUGGUCACUGCUAAAUUUCCUGGAGGAUGUACUGCUGUUGAAAAGUUAAUGAAGGCUUGUUAUUCUGUCAGGCUCAGGUCUCAAGCUGCUGUGUACCUGUAGAACUCAAGCAGGACGGCACCAGCCCAAUUGCGUGGCAGUACAACUGUAGAAGCACUCUGAUCACUUGUCACUGCAUACAUCCUAUGUGCCAUUGUUAGUGUAGGGCGCUCUCAGCUGCUCACAUUCAGGCAGAGUGCCCUGACAGUCAUAGACUGGAUAUUUUGAGCGCCUGCCUGGUUACAUUUUUUCUACUCCUUUAAUUAAACUGGUGAAUGACCAGACGGUGUGCUUCGUGUUCGUCCUGACCGGAGCCUCCAUUCCAGGUGUCAUCGUCUGGUUGUUCCAUUGGCCGGCUGAUAUUCGAUCUGUGGAAGGGCAUGUUCGCCGGUGUUCAGCGGGCUGCUCUCCUGAAUCCGCACUGGGUUCAGUAGUAGUACUUAAUUAGUACCACCAUAUUGUAUGCCCAUUUCUACUGGUCGUACCGUUUUGUUUCAAGUGCAGCUAGCGGUGUUUACUAGUGCCCUUACUUCUUGGUCCGAACCAAGGAAUCCGUUAGUAUAAUUGAGCUCAAAUCGAUGGUGAUGUUUGCUGCCCAAUUCAAAUUCAAAUAGAUGUGGUUUAGCCUUAACCAAGUAGAUGAGUAUCACAUGAGUUGUCUUCUGAUUUUAAACGAUUCGGUGAAAAAUAAAUUAGCUCCACCAAAAUAUUUGAGUUGGGGCAAAUUAUCUGUGUUUGAGUGGGACCAAUCUUU